AUGGGUGGACAGAAGUUUGAGUAUGAUGAAAGUGGGUCUACAUUCUUUUAUUUUGUUCUUUCAUUCCUCGCCUUAAUACUUGUGCCAGCAACUUUUUAUUACUGGCCAAGAAAACGAAAGGAAGAUCCUGUGAAGCAAGCAGAACGUUGUCAAUGUCCAAAUUGUAUAAAAAAACAGCAAAUUAUUGAACAGUCACAGCCAUACAAGAGCCUUAAAAAUCUUUUUAUUAAAUUAGCUAUAAUCUCAGGAUGGGUUCUUCUUGGUUUCUUAGCAUACAAAGUGUCACAGUUUGACUAUGAAAUGUCCAAUUUUGAUCCUUAUGACAUACUUGGAUUGCCACCUGGAGCUACUCAGGCUGAAAUAAAGAGAUCAUAUCGCAAGCAAUCUCUCAUACUCCACCCUGACAAGGAAACUGGCGAUGAAAAAGCUUUCAUGAGACUCACUAAAGCAUAUCAAGCACUUACAGAUGAAGAAGCACGAAGAAAUUGGGAGAAAUAUGGUAAUCCAGACGGCCCUGGUGCAAUGAGCUUUGGAAUUGCCUUGCCUAGCUGGAUUGUUGAAAAAGAAAAUAGUGUGUGGGUGCUUGGUUUAUAUGCACUUGUAUUUAUGAUUGCUCUACCUACAGCUGUUGGUACCUGGUGGUAUCGCUCAAUACGGUAUUCAGGAGAACAGGUGUUGUUGGAUACAACACAAAUGUACUUCUAUUUUUGCCAUAAAACUCCCUCAAUGCCUCUCAAGCGUGCCCUUAUGAUUCUUGCAGCAUCUUGUGAAUUCGAUCGAAGGCAUAACUCUGAAAUUAUUGAGAGAAUAACAGACAAUGAGGAAGUUCCUGCUCUAUUGCGGGAAUUACCAAACCUCGGCGAAAAAAAUAAGGAGCAGCCACUGUGUCGACCGUAUAGUAUUAAAGCGCGUGCACUUCUGCAUGCACAUUUGUCACGUAUGCGCUUGCCACCAGACACACUUGAAUGUGAUAGACGUUAUGUUGUUUCGCGUUGUCCCGAUCUCAUCGUUGAGAUGGUUAACUGUGUUAACCAACUUAUCGCACUCGCUUAUGCUAGAAGAAUUCCUCGUUUACCUACCAUAGAAACUAUUGAAAACUGUAUGAAACUAUCGCCAAUGAUAGUUCAGGGCCUCUGGGAGUACAAAUCACCACUACUUCAGCUGCCAUACAUUACAGAAGAUCACCUAAAAUAUUUUACAAACCGCAAGAAACACAUAAAGUCAUUACUUCAAUUAGCACAGUUGUCCGGUGAAGAUAGGCGACAAAUACUAAGGUUCCUAAAUGAUAAACAGUAUGAGGAUGUUAUGAAAGUUUUGGGAAAUAUGCCAUAUAUACAUUUUCAAGUGAAUACUGAAGUUAUUGACGAUGAAAACUCUACAGUAGUGACUGCUGGCGCAAUAGUAACUGUGACCGUGUCGCUCCGGAGAACCAAUAUGAAGGAACUCUUUGGAGAUACAACUUUAAAAGAAAAGGAAACUAUAAAGGAAAAUGAAGAAGGUGGUGGUGGUGAAAACGGGGAAAAGGUUGAAAACGACAAAAAUGAAAAGAAUGAUAAAAAAGAUACAUUCAAAAGACCAGUUUGGAUGAAACAAACCAGGAAACAAUCGAAAAAAUCAAAGAAAACAGCGACAAAUAAACAGCAGCCCGUAAAACCUGCACCUGUAAAUACGACGGUCACUCCGCCCGUCACCAAUGAUACCAAGAAAACUAAAGAACCAAAGAAAAAGGACGAUGAUGGUGAAGAGUCAGAUUUCGGCAGUUCGGACGAGUCUGGUUCACACAGCUCGUGUUCAGAGGAUGAGUCUCGCGACAAGUCGUCCGCGGCCGAGGACGACGACGACGACCAGUGGGAACGCUUCCAGAAGCGGAUACUGAAACGGGAACGCCUCGAGGGACGCUCUAAAAGCUCGCAUCCCGUGCACUGCCCGUACUUUCCACAGGAGAAGCAAGAGUAUUGGUGGUGUUACAUCUGCGACCGCAAGUCGCGGACUCUGCUGACGGCGCCGGCGCACGUGACGGCGCUGACCGAGGCGCACGAGCUGCAGCUGCGCUUCACGGCGCCGCGCUGGCCCGGCCUCUACACGCUCGCCUGCUGCCUGCGCUCAGAUUCAUAUAUCGGCAUGGACCAGCAACAGGACAUGAAGUUGGACGUAAAAGAAGCAGCCGCGGUCCCGGCUGACCAUCCACAGUGGGAGCUCAGCGACUCCGAUACUGAUAACAAUGAUCAGGGCGACAACGAGAGCGAGUUCACGACAGACGACGAGGUGGAAGACGAGUGA